AUGGGUUGGGGUGUAGUCGAAAGCGAUGUCAACAAGUUCCCUCCGGGGACUGUGAACUUGGUGAACAAACCAGAUGACGAGAUUUUGGCAGUCCAAGUUGGUGUCAAGAAACGGGGGAAUGUUAUCCUUCAACCGCAGCCAAGCGACAGUCCUAACGACCCUUUGAAUUGGUCUCAAUCCCUCAAAAUCGCUCACGUGUCGGUCCUCGCCUUUCUGUCCGCUGCGGCAGGUGUUGUUCCUGUGAUGAUCCAGCCAGGCUUAACUAUUCUUGCCGACCAAUUUCAAGUGUCGCCUGACACUGUUUCUUCCUUGACAAUCGGGGCUCUGGCGUUUUGGACAGCGGUUGCAAGUUUCGUCGUCGUGUCUGCAGCCUACAAAUCGGAUAACUUCGGGUUACUUGUUGCCAUGCGAACAAUUACCGGCUUGGCGUCGGCCCCUGGUUUCUCGCUUCUCACGGCUACCAUAGCAGAUAUCUUCUUCGUCCACGAGCGGGGCUUCUACAUAGCCAUAUGGAACAUCUGUCUCGGGUCUGGCGGACAGAUUGGGUGCACAGGUUAUUUGCGGAUUCAUUAUCGAGGAUCUCGUGUCCCUGCAGUGUUUGGGUUUGCCGCAAUCGUCUUUGCUCUUCUCAUGGUGGCAUCGUACUUCCUUGCCCUGGAAUCUACAUACGACCGACCAGAACCAAAAGCCAUUGAUUACGAUAGCAAAGAUGACUUCGACUUCGAGGACGAGGAAGACCUAAAAGCUCCUAGGGCAUCACAAGUCAAAAAACCCUACUUUCAGCAACUCGCACUUUGGAACGGACGGCUGAGCAACCAGUCGUUCUGGCUUGGAGUCGUGAAGCCUUUCGGUCUGAUCGUAUUCCCAGCCGUGGCCUAUGGCGUUCUUGCUUUCACAGUAGCCUUCUCCUUCCUCGUCGGCGUCCCCAUAUUAACCUCGGUGGUCUUUGCUCAGCCCCCAUACAACCUUACGCCCUCGCAAAUCGGCCUCACCAAUCUUCCACUCGUUGCUGUAUCUAUCAUUGGUGGCCUCUUCACCGGCUGGUUCGCCAACGUGGCAGGCAACUACAUGGCGAGGACGAACGGCAGCCAGGCGGGCGUGUUUGAGCCGGAGUUCCGCUUGGUCCUGCUGGUCAUAUCUGGCCCGAUCACUACAGCAGGCCUCAUCGGCACCGGCAUAGCUCUUGAUCAGGCUCUUCCGCUGGCGUGGGUCCUGGUCUGGAUGUCAGUGUUCUCCUUCGGUACCUUGUUCAACGUGCAGGUGAUUCUGACGUACGUGGUGGACUGUUUCCCGGAGAAGUCCGGGCAAGCCUUCUCAACUAUCAACCUUGUUUCGUCCCUUGUCAUUUUCGUGGGCUCCGGAGUUUUGAUCACAUGGUACGAGACGGUAGGGCCCAUGGUUGUGUUCGGGUCCCUCGCUGCUGCGAGCUUCAUCACAUUGGUCACAACCAUACCUCUUUACGUAUUUGGCAAGAGGAUGAGAGCUUAUAUGGCUGGACUUGAGUGGACACACAAGCUUCUGAAUUGA